AUGAAAAAAAAUAAUCAAGCUUUUAAGAAACAGUAGCAUAAAAAGUGUUGUUUAAAAAAUCUUGGGACAGAUAACUAUACAGGUGAGAUUAUGGCAGUUAAAAUGAUGGCAUGCAAUAGUGUUUGAUAUGGUUUAUUCUUUCGUUUUUGUGACGAGUUACAUGUACGAGUUUACAUGUAAUUAUACUACACAAAAUGAAAGAUGUGUUUUCUCUUUAUAAUUUUACACUAAGUUCUUCAUCCAACCAGCUUCUACAGGUAAAUUAAUUUUGUCCAUCUGUAGCCAUCAUCUGAUCAACACUGCUGGUUUGGGACAUAGAGUUUUAUUCUGAAACGCUGCACAGGAAGUGAUAUAUAUUACUGAUACCGCCGUGAAAUCGCUUAGUGCAACUCAACCUGUGGGCAUACCAUUAUAUCAAGUGGAUUUGACGGGGAUCUUUCAUGUGAAGAUGAAAGAUAAAACUGCUUUCACCAAAGUGAAAACUGAAUGGAUAAUCGUCUAGUAUAAAAAGCAAUUGCGGAUUCUAGAAGCCCUCUGUAAGAACCGCUUACGACAGAAGUUGGACUCGGUAAUCACAGCAAUGUCCAACUCCUUCAAACCGCCUCUAGGGAAGAGAAUGAAGGGACGUGCUCCACUACCACCACAGGUCCCUCAACCUUCUUCUCGCCACAUCUUUAGGAAAGCAGAUGGGGAAGGUUCAUCAGGCACAGAUGUCAAAGAAAACAUGCUAAAACCCACUGUGAAUUUCAAGCUCACCCUACCACAAGGGUAUCAGACUUAUGUAACUGAGCAAGGCAGCAAGGCGCUGAUGGAUCUGUUGGUGGAGCUGUGCAGCCGCCACCACCUAAACCCAGCACUGCACACACUGGAGCUGCUCUCGUCCGAGGGCCACCCUCUGGGUUUUAAACCCAAUGCCCUGCUGGGCUCCCUGAAUGUGGCCUGUGUUUUCAUCAAGGAGAAAGGCCGAGAGGAGAAGGUGGUGAGCAGACCAGCACCAAGAGUGCCAGAGAAAACUGUUCGCUUGAUGGUGAAUUUCCACGGUACCCAGAAGGCAAUAUUGAGGGUAAACCCAUCGGUACCACUCGAGGCCUUGACCCCUGUCAUUUGUGACAAGUGCGAGUUAGACCCUGUACACGUCCUGUUUCUGAAGGACAACAUCAGUCGCCAAACACUACCACUGGAAAAAUCUCUGUCAGAUCUGGGGAUCAAGGAGCUGUACGUGCAUGACAAGAGUCAAGUUCUGCAGCCUAAAAUGGCUUCAGCACCUGCCCUGAACUACUCAGACGACAGUUGCUCCAGAACAGAGAAGAAAGGCCUCCUGGGUAUUUUCCAGUUCAGCAGAAAAAAGAACAAAACAUCUGUGGACAUGGAUGAUUGUGAUGAUAAAGCAAUCGAAUACCCUGAUACAAACUCUAAUGGUCUGUCCUACACCUUGGGUCAGUCUCAGUCAGUCACUAACGUGUCCAAGAUGUCUCCUAAGGCCGAAAUAAAGAAGAGACGGGCCCCAGCACCUCCUGAGGCUAUGACAGUGACCAGCUGUGUGAGAAAUCAGAUUGGACUUGCUGUAGAAAGUCAACAAAGGAAAAGAAAAGCUCCAGGUCCCCCUCCCAACUUAUCUGCUACCACCCUGGGAUCUGAUGACAUUUCAGCUUCUGCCAGUCCUCAUUACCAUACUUCUGAGACACCAACCUCAGGCACCAAGUCGGCAGAGUCAGUCCUUGCCUCCUCUACCAUUGUGAUAAUGCAAACAAUUCAACCGGUCCCCACUAAAACACCAACACAACCUACACCCACCAGCUCCCCAUCCACAGGUAGCAGCACCACAGACAGCCUGGCUGUCCAGGAUUCCAGCUCUGAAAAUGAUGUUUCAGACGAUGAUCUGGAGAUGGACGGUUCUCAAUGCAGCACCCUCACCAGCAGCACAGCCAGUGGCUCUGUUCAGGUCCAACCCACUGAGAAAAGCUCUAGCUACAGGAUGGAGAAAGUCAGCACAUUUGCCACCAAAUCGAAUCAGGAUUCGUCUUCAGCCAGCAGCUCCCGAUCGGAGACUGAGUCAGCACUCAACCUGAAAAUGGAAGAAGUUGAAAACAACAGACAAAGUGCAACAGGAACUCCUGAUCAACAAGCACCUCCUAAACCUCGACGUUGCCCAACCCACGGACCACUGCAACAUGUUCCCUCUGCCUCAUCCACUCCACCCCCGCUUUCCCCUCCCAUUGAGUCUACAGGAAAUAAAUCCCCAGAGAGUCCUAUAGAGAUGGAAGAAACGGCACCCCAGUCUUGGCUCCACUCCAUGCAGAGCUCUGCAGUCAGGGGACACAAUGAUACUGAAACGCCUGAGGAGGAAACUGUAUCCCUCAACAGCAGCAGUGGUAGCAGCUUGCCAGACCAAGGUUACGCUGCCUCAGAGGGCAUGGCAGAGGGUGAAGACUCGGGCAUUGUCAGUUCUCCAACUGACACCCAGCCCACAUCUCCAGAUGGGAGUUUGUCUCUGGAUGGAAAUAGCGGAGGCGGGGGAGAAAGACUUCUGGGACCAGUCCGGGACAAUUCCAGUGACAGUGAUGAGGGAUGUGCCACCUGGGGAUCAAGAUGCAGGCACAAUGGCAUCAACCUAGAGGCAAAGUGCAAAAAAUCAUCACAGAGAUAUGAAAACGACCCGAACGUCACAGCCAAGGUCCAUCAGACUUUGGUAGAUUUUGAAGCAGGACUUUCAAACCACAUUGAUAUCGCCUCUUUUAAGGAGGCUUCCUAUAACGUGUCCACAGACAGUAAUGAAGUGCCAGUGUCUGUAGUGGACAUGGAUGUGCCAGUCACAGCCAUAGAUGAAGUUCUGGAGGACUAUGAAAUGAACAUUGUUGAAAAUGAAGGGACAUUGGUGAAAAAGACCAUAUCAGCUGGUAGCAAAGGUCCAGAGUUUAGUCACAAGCUCACCUCAGAACUAAAGAAUAAGAACAACAAUGCUCACACAGCUAAUGAUAGCAGCAAAAAAAAGAAAACUACUAAGCAGCCACCUCAACUCAAGCAGCAUGGGAACUCACCACUGAACAAGUCUAGUGUUGAUAAAGAGGAAGAUAAGAUAUUAGAGAUAAAAAGCAAAGCCAGGACUGAUUCAAAGAGUGUGAAAGAGGAUAAAGGAGGCUCAGAAUCACUAAUGAAAUCUCAUGUUGACAGGCAGAAACACAGCAAAAGAAGGAACAGCAGACCUGAUGGUAUCAAAAGCGAUGUUCAGUACUCUCAAGAGAGAAAACCAGUUCUACCACUAGAAAGCCAGAUAACAGAAAGAGUCAAAGAGUCACACAGUAAAAUCACUCAAAAUGUUUCCUCACGCUUUGGUAUGAAAACUUUCACUGUGGUUCCUCCAAAACCUUCUGUUAUUCAUGAUGAUACAGAAAACUCAUUAGUCACAGAAAAUAAAGGUGCCAUUAAGAUCGAUGAUCAAGGAAAUAUGGUUAAAGUUGGAACAAAUACAGAACAUUUUGGUGGUUUAUUGGGAUUUGAAAAUAAUGGCAACGAGCAAACUCCUCUCCUUGGAAAAGCCAAAGCUUUUUGGAGUGUAUGUCAUGAAAGGCAAGAAAGUUUAGUGGCUCCCAGCAAAAGUAAGUUGAAUAAAACCAAGGAAAUCACGGAUGAACCAAGAAGUACACUAAUUAUAAGUUCAGACAAGACAUGGAGGAAUAACAAUACGGAACACCAUCAGACAGCAACAACAAAAAGUGUGGCUUAUAAACCCACAGAGAGAGUCAAACCUGCAGAUACUGUUAAAGAAGAAACUAAAGUAUCAACAAAUGACAUCCAUGUUGCAAAGGAGUUAAAGGUGGAAGGCAAGACGACAGUGUCCAAAAAUAUCCAGCAGCCAAGUAAUAAAUCUCUUCUUCCAGCUGCACACCUCCCAGACCUGAACAGAGACCUGUCUUUUCUCAAACCAGCGAAGCGAACGUCAAGUCAUUAUGUAGCGUCUGCCAUCAAUAAAUACACCCCACAACCAACUGCUAAACCAAACCCUGUCCGUCCUGUCUCUGACUUCUCUGUUUCUGUGAAAAAUCAGAGCACUGUCGUCCAGAGAUCUGCACGGUCUAUACAAGUAAAUCCACACCAGUCUUCCCAGUCAGAUAAUAAGCAGAGUGACUCUACUUCUAAACCCGACCCUCCUUGUUCCAAAAGGUCCAUAAGUUACCCAGAGUAUAUGUCAGAUGGCCAGAGAGAUUUUAAAGAAUUGAAUGCAGAAAGAGGAAUAUUUAGAACUUGUGCUGGAUCCUCAAAAGAAAGCGUAUUCACACUGGAAACAGAAACUGUCAAGAAUAAGCAGAGUCAUUAUAAUGGCCUGAACCAAAUAGAAGUGACCGCCAACAAUGACAGAGACAAUAUUAGACGUAUUGGUCUCAGAAGCGCCAAGGCUGCACCGAGCAGCUCAACUCACUCUCCUGUUCAACCACACACUGCCUCUCAGAACACUGCCUUAAAUGACACAAAAGACACUAUCAAGGUAGCCAAUCGUAUAACACCAGAUGAUAGAUCGCAGCCUUCUGUCACAGUGUCUGACAACUGUAUAUCACAGACAGUGACAGUGUUUGGGCCAAUUAAAAAGUUCAGGCCAGUGAUUUGUAGAUCUGUAGAGAAGGAAACGUCUCUGCACAGCAGUCUGAUGGAGGCGAUCCAGACGGGGGGAGGCAAGGACAGACUCAAGAAGAUUUCAACUUCAGGUUCCAGUUGUAUGAAAAAGCAUCCUGAUGUUGAAGAUGAGAAUGAAAGGUCUGCUCUUCUGGCUGCCAUUAGGGCCCAAAGUAGCUCAGACCGUCUGAGGAAGACCAAAUGUGAGGCAGCUGAUGAACUGGACAUGUUCAGGAAGACAGCAUCACUGAAGGAGAGCAUCUCAGAAAGUCCAUCCUCUCCCUCCCCUUCUUCUGCCUCGGCCACUUCAACUACUGUCUGUACCGCACCACUACCAGCAGCACCACCUCCUCCCCCUCAUUUGUCCCAGGGUAAACCGAACCCUGUUGGACGUCCAAGUGUUAGCUCAGCCAUGAACCCUGCUAUGGCCAGAGAAGCAAUGCUGGAGGCCAUUCGCUCUGGAUCUGCUGCUGAGAAGCUAAAAAAGGUUGCUGCGCCCACAAAGACGGUCCAAGUGAACGGACGACUGGGAACAAUGAGAGCAACCUCCCCAGCACUCCCAGAGCAGUGAGAGGGAGGGUCGCCCCUCCACAGCUUCAUGCCAUUGUGGUUUUGAAGGGUGCAUAUGUAAAAUCUGAGUUAUUAUGUUUGAGUCGUGGGCGUUGUGCCUUAGACUUUUGCUUUAUGUUGGUUUUGCAAGGUGGGAAGCAGGAAGAAUGACUAUGAGUUUCCUUUUAAAACAUUUCUUUUGUGAAGGGAAUUAUUCUGUCUCUGCAGCCAAAUCCCUGUGUUUUCUGUCUAAAAUGGUGAAAUAUUUGCCUUUCUUUUUCCAUACAUACAUACAUAUAUAAAUAUAUACAUAUAUUUAUGCAUAUAUUUACAUCCUUAGCUGCAGACAAUAGAUUUUUUUUCAAUCAUUUUGUUGAUCUUUAACCUGUUGUUGUUGUAAAACAUAUCUUGCCAUGUGAAUUCAGUAGUUUAAACUGAAGCCUGUACAAACAAACCGUGUGCCAACAUAAGUUAAUCCAUAUGGAUUUUCAGAUUUUGACCACUCUAUAUCAUGGAUGCCUUAUACUGCUCCUCAGUGUUAUGUAUAUGUAUAUGGUGUUUGCUUUACUACUUCUCCGCUGCUUGCUGUAACUAGAUCUUCAGAUGCUUCCAGAAUUGAGCAACCUAAUAUUUGUUAAACAAACUAAGAUUGUAGAAAUCUUAAAAAUACACAGAGGCUACAAAAACAUGGACAAAUCUGUGCCAGAUUUGGUUCCUGAUGCCAACUUGUACAGUUCUUACUGAUGACAUUCUCAUUAUUGUUUUUGUCAUAGUUCCUGACCGUAUUUUAAAAUGGACACCGUCAUCUGGUUUAAAAGAGAAGUGUUGUUUUGAAGAAAUUUGAUGGAGUAGAGUCAAUUUUCAGCUGUUGGUCCAACUUAGUUUCUUUAGAUGAUAUGAAUAGUUUGUGGAUGGACUUAUUUAUUUAUCUUUUGAUAAUAUUAUAAUAAUUCCACACAUUAAUAAAUUAAAGUUGCAAAACUAAAUAUUUAUCUUUAAAGUAACUGGUCAUUGUUUUACUCAUCAUUUAACUUUAAAUGAUAAAAAGUAAAGCAAAGUAAUAUGCUCACAGGUUCACACUAUUUUCCUCUAAAUAGGAAUUUCAUUUGCAUGAUGUUCUACGGUAAUUAUCCCACAUAGAUUGUCAUGUUUUUCUCUUUUUACUACCAGGGCUUUUCUUUUUGCAACUGGAUGGCAUUAAUAUUCAUAUACAGUCUAUGCUCCUGUCAGUUGCGCUGUUCAUGAGUAGUAUGUCAGACAUGAUUUGUUCCUGAUCCUACAGAAAGUUUUAUCUGCACAGGUGAGAUUUUUAAUAAUACUUCCAAUAUUACGUGUUAGGAUAAACAGUCACUGCUUUAGUCCCGCUGAAGUGAUGUUAUUGUAUGAAUGGUACAGAAAUGAUGGAAGUCUGAUGUUUACCCUGGAACUGUAGAUGAAGGAGAAAUGCACAAAUUCAGAUUUGAGUGUUUGCUGCUGUUCGGCUAAGCAAGUUAGUUUUAUAGAGAUUUAUAAUAAUUUAUAAGUAGAUUCAGGACUUAUUUAAC